GUUAAAUGUUAAUAAUUGUUUUGGCUUUAUUAAAUUACUCUAAUUUUUUUUUCUUGUCUAAUUUUUAUUAUAUUGUUUUGGUAUAAUAAUAGCUAGUGUACCUAGUAAAUUUAUAUAAAUAAUUAAUUUAAUUGAAAUACAUUUAUUAAUAUAUGAAAAAAAAAUAUGUUCAGUUCUAAAAUUAUUAAAAUUGAAUUAGAUAGUUUACUUAUUCUUAUUAAUAUGUUAUAAUAUUUUUGGAAUUUCCUGGUUGGUUUAAAAAGUAUAUCAAAUUAUGAAAGUACAACUACAAUGGCUGAAGAUUAUGAUCAAGUUCCUGAAGUAAUGGUAGAAAAUUUGGGAGAUAUAUAUGUAAUCAAUGAACAAAAUAUUCAAGAAACUGAAGGUCAACUAAAAAGACCACCUUCUGCUACUCCUCGAAAUAGGAGUCCUGUUACUAUUCAAGAAUGGGUAGAUUCAUUAAUCACAACUGUUGAUCAAAAAGAAGAUUUUGAUAACGUAGAAUCUUCUACACUCUUAAAUAGUUUGGAUGUUGAUAAUCUUACAUUAGGAGCAGAAGCCGGACACUUAUCUAGAUCUAUUCCAAAUGUCACUGUAACAACUGAAAGUAAUAUUGUACGUGCACCAUCAGAAGCUGAGAGUCAAACUUCUAGUAUUGAUUCCAAAUUAUUAAACGCCCGUAAACCAGAUCCUGAAGAAAUAUUACUUGGCUUAGGAUUUGGCGGUGGAACUGAAUCAACUACAUACGGCGAGUAUGGACGUGUUCCCAAGAGAUUUUUACAGCCAUCCCAACUAAAGGGAGUUUCUGUGGAAGAGUACUUAAAACACCAACAAGAACUCAUUUAUAUGUAUGAAUCUGGAUUAUGGGGUUACCGUGGAUUAACUGGACCACCACAUGCGAGCCCAUCAGUAAUAGUUGCAAAAAUCAUGGAAAAACUUCGAGAACACGAACGAGAUAUGACGUGCCCAAAAGGUUCUUCAAGAGUCAUGGUUCCAACAACUAAAUCUAUGCAAUUUACAGAAAAAAGUCCAAAACAAACCUCAAAUCGAUUUAAUAAAGCUGCUGAAAACAUUCUCACAAAAAUUAGGUGUAUACCUGGUAGUGUAUUAACUCCAGACAAUCGUAAAUGGCUCGACAGUCAAGGUGGUGACAAGUCACCAGAAAUGUCAAGACGACUAAUAAUUGGUCAGCAGUCAUUUGUGUUAACUCGUGACGGUACUUUAAUAGAGACACCGCCAUCUAGUGUUAUUGCUGAUAAUGAAAAUUUACCAGUACCACCUGACACGAAGGUAAUUAACGAGCAAGUUCAAACUACUGUUUGUGAGAGUUCUCCUCACUUAGAUGAAGAUACUAAUGUGAUAUUUAAAGUUGAUUCAUCAUCGUCUGUAAAUUCAGAUACACAGUUUCAAAAAGAAAAUAGCUUGUCAAUUGAUAUACAAAAUACAGAUGCUAAAAUGGAUAAGUUAAAACCUAAAUUUGAUUCAAGUCAACCUUUUGAUAAAGAUUAUAGCCCCGAAAGAGAUUUAGAAGAUUUAUUAUCUAUAGUCGAACCUUGUCAAGAUGUUAGUAAAGCGAGUUCAGAAGUUGACUCAGGAGCAGCAUCUGAUAGUGCUGCUGAUACAUCAUGUGCACAAACAAAUUUAAUAUCUUUAACUGAAAAUGAAUUAACAGCAAAUGAAGAUAUUUCUUCUAAAAACAUAUUUAGACAAUAUGAAGAUUUAUGUAAUCUGAGAUUGAGAUUAAAUGUAUUAGGUUGUCCAUUCAAUAUUGUGCCUCAAGAUCAAUUUAUGUCCCUCACUGCCGAACAGAGGUGUGCGCUUCAGUGUAAAAUUUUAAGACUUGCACUCCGCGUUUAUUUAAAUAAGCUUACUGAUGACGAAGUACACCAUGAACUGCAAAGUUGUUUGGGAGCAGAAGUUCAACAUGUGGCUGAUCUAUUAGAUUCAAAUUCUGACGUGGACAAACUAGCAAUAAUUGUUCGACAGAUGACAGUUCUACUUCAUCAUCAGACACAUUUGAAUAGCCAAUUGGCUGAAUUAACUGUCAGAGCUCAAAAUCCAACUGCAUGUCAUGACAUGUGUGAAUUGAUAUUACAGAGGGUUCGAGGACUCGAACAGCUCGUUGAACAGAAUGCCAAUGAAUUAGCUCUAAUGAAAGCCCAACUACUGAAUAAGAAAACUUUGUGAUUAUGAUUUGUUAUUAUUGAUUUGUAAUGCUUAGUGCUUAUCUAUACAAUUAUUCAUUAAAGUAGUCAUUGAACAAUAAAAUCAUUUAUAAUUGA